GCAUUGCCACGUAAUUACAGGCUCCUAUUAGGACGAUCUUCCCUCCCAGGGGUCUUAGAUUCUCAUUUAUUCAGCGUUCAGGCUUCCUCUGCCUGCCAGUUCGUGUCGUUUGAAGUGCCAGAGUCUCUUAAAACCAUCUCAGUGAAGGACUCUUUCCAAAAGCAGUCCUUUUUCAGCCUUCCUCCUCCGAGCGUAAACUGAGAGCUUACUCACACGCGCAUCUGUUAGACAUCAUCUUCUCCGCUGCAAACCUCCAGCCAUUCAUGAGUCGUGAGUCAACAGCGUUGAGAAGAAAACCUUCUCAGAAGUCUGCAGGGUGGACGGUGCCGAGCAAAUGGUGAGCUAUUCGGUUUUAGAAGAGUGGACAGGUCUGAGGUGUGACAUCCCUUCUCCAGAAAAGCUCUGCGGCAAAUAAGACCCAAAUAAAGGGGAAAAAACCUUUUGGAAAGUUCAACGAAGCCUCUUCAAAGCGGAGAAACGUCAGUCGCAGCGGAUCUAUACAAUUGUGGACGCUGUGCUUUGUGACAAAGCGUGUUCUUUUUGGUUGGUUUGGCGUCAUUAUAGGUAUUUUUUUGUCUGAAUGCGAGGAAUAACUUGGCUGGGCUGCUAUUAUUUCUUUUAUUAUUCCGUAUUCUAUUUGCGUCAUGACUUCUAGUUAUGCACAUGUAAUGGACAGACAAGCUACGAUAUCCAGCCGCUUGGAGAGUCCGAUUACAGCGAAUCUGGAAAAUCUACAGGCUAAAAAGAACUUCUCAGUAAGCCACCUGUUGGAUCUGGAGGAAGCAGGGGAGAUGGUUGGGGCGCAGGCGGACGAAAGUGCAGUGGAGACUGGGAGGAGUACGCUGGAAUCGCCGGGGCUGACCAGCGGCAGCGACACGACGCAGCAGGAGAGUAAGUGCGAAGUGAGCUCCCGUGAUGAGCAGCUGAAUGCAGAGGAGAAGAAGAAGAGGAAACAGCGCAGGAAUAGAACCACCUUCAACAGCAGCCAGCUGCAGGCCCUGGAGAGGGUGUUCGAGAGGACGCACUACCCCGACGCCUUCGUCAGGGAGGAUCUGGCACGGAGGGUGAACCUCACGGAGGCCCGUGUGCAGGUGUGGUUCCAGAACAGGCGAGCUAAGUUUCGCCGGAACGAACGGGCGAUGCUGGCGAGCAAGAACGCCUCGCUUCUGAAGUCGUACUCCGGGGAUGUGACAGCCGUGGAGCAGCCGAUCGUGCCUCGUCCCGCCCCUCGGCCCAACGAUUACCUGUCCUGGGGCACAGCCUCCCCAUACAGCUGCUAUCCAAUGCCCGGGGGAGCGGCUAUGCCAGUUCCACAGAAAAUGCUGCCCAAUGAAACGCUAUGGCUACCUACCCACCCACAUGUGCCAACACCAACACCACCCAGGGGAUGAACAUGGCCAACAGUAUCGCCAACCUCCGUCUGAAGGCCAAGGAGUACAGCAUGAACCAGGUGCCCACAGUCAACUGAGGACAAAUGAGCAAACCCCAACUCCUUUGGACAUUCCUAUCAAGAAGAUCCACACGGGCGCACUUGCGGGUGACCAGCCAGCCCAUGGGAUUUACAGCAGAUCCUUCUCCCAGAUGGACAUCAUGUUAUUGAUGAAUGUUUUGUAUUAUUAACCGGUGGGUUAGAGGAAGACCGAGUCGAAAGCGAAAAAAUUUUGGAAUGCUUCAGUCUGAAAAUCCAAAAAAACACUCGUAGAUCCUAUUUAGUCAGCGUAAAAUUAUCUUGUUUAAUUGGCUUAAGAUGAAGAAAAGUGAAUUCAUUGACAAGGCAGUGUGACAUCAUUUCCUUCAACCCGAUAACAGCUACGAAAAGUCUUAAGGUCCAAUUGUGAGCACCGUCUGAGAAGACAGCGUCCAUGCCGAGGAUGCGUCCGAAGACCAUCCAGUCGGAUCGCCAUGGUUUUCCGUCUGGACAAUAGUGCCCUUCAUCUCGUCUGUCAGCACCCUGUAAGAAUUAACGAUAAAAGUCUGCGUCACAGAAGCAGGAACUCCCAGAGGUCUGGAAUAACCUAAAAGCGGGAUUCAUCCAGGACAGACACUGGGAAGUUAUAAAAACGUUUCAUAUCGUUAUUUGAUUUUGUUUGAUUUUGUCUUAUUCUCCCACUUUAUACCACUGACAAGCAAAUGUCGUCAAUGCAUUUUGAUUUAUAUAACAUACACUAUUCAACUAAUGCCAGCUAACAUUACUUUUGAAACCAAAUCCUAGUUGCUAUUUCUCUUUGUAUUUUAUCUUUAUUUGUAACAGAAAAUCUUAUAUAAUAAUAAAACGCUGUUGAAAUAACAAA